GACAAUAACAGCCACAACCUUUUGUUGAAUUGCUUUCCAAGAAAAAACUCAAAAUCAAAACCAAUUCGUCUAUUUACAUGUACAUGUUCAUUUACAUAUGGCAUCUUGAUCAUAUAAGAAUAUCACAUGAGUGGCUAGCAGCAGGUAAUAGCAACUGAAAGAUGGCUUUACAAAGUAUUCCAGAAGUUAUUCUGAGCUCAGGCAAUGCGAAAGCUAUGCCAGUUUUGGGACUGGGCACAGGAGGAUUACCCUUUGUGACCCCGGAAGCUGUCGUAAAAGCAGUGCUUGAAGCAAUUGAAGUUGGUUAUAGGAUGUUUGAUACUGCUUUUCUUUACCAAACAGAGGAAGCUCUUGGUGAAGCUAUAUCUCAAGCUAUUAGUCUUGGUCUGAUCAAGUCCCGCGAUGAACUUUUUAUCACCUCUAAGAUCUGGUGCACGGAUAAUCACGGUGAUCGUGUCCUCCCUGCCCUUCGAAAGACUCUGCAGACCCUGAAGUUGGAGUAUCUUGAUCAGUAUCUUAUACACUUUCCAGUUAGCAUAAAGGCUGAAGCAAACCCUUUUGAACCAAAGCCGGAAGAUGUUGUUCCAAUGGACUUCAAAUCUGUUUGGACAGCUAUGGAAGAGUGCCAGACACUUGGACUUGCAAAAUCAAUCGGCGUCAGUAAUUUCUCUUGCAAGAAGCUUGCAGAUAUUUUGGCUUUCGCUAAGAUACCUCCAGCAGUCAAUCAAGUGGAGAUGAAUCCAGCUUGGCAACAACGGAAGCUUAAGGAGUUCUGCGAGGCAAAGGGAAUCAUGAUAGCUGCCUAUUCUCCUCUUGGAGCAGCAGGAGCUGUUUGGGGAACCAAAGGAGUGCUGGGAUCUGAGGUUCUAAUCGAAAUUGCCAAAUCAAAGGGAAAAUCUGUAGCUCAAGUAGCGUUGAGAUGGGCUUAUGAGCAAGGGAUUAUCAUUGUUACCAAGAGCUUCAACAAAGAGAGACUAAAGCAGAAUCGUGAAAUUUUUGACUGGGAGUUGAGUGCUGAAGAGUGCAAGAAGAUUGCUGAAAUACCGCAGAGAAGGGCAAAUCUUGCACAGUUUUUGGUAUCUGAAACUGGCCAUAUCAAGUCAGUUGAGGAUCUGUGGGAUGGAGAACUUUAAGAUGCUUAUUGCAUGGAAAUACAAGUAUAAUGCCAACCUUUUCGAAUAAGGAAUGACCAACCAUUGUCUUUGCUUUUCUAGUGCUUCGUAUAUCUCCAUUUGUAUUUUAUAGUAAGCCCAAUGAUCCAGGAGCAUAAAAUUAUUAUUGCUGGUUCACAUGUUAUCCAUCGUCGUAUUAUUAGAGCAUAUUAACAACGUCGUCUAUGUUCAGUGCAGCUGACAUUGUUUCUGUGA